GCCAAUGACAGCAUCCCAUAUCAAACUUCACAUUUGAUGUUGAUGCUCUGCUUUAGCUUUUGGAUAAAAUAUUUCUAAAUAGAAAACAAUUUAAAAAAAAUUAAGUUAUUUCUAGAAUAAAAUGAGUUCUGAAUUGCAACAAGCCAAGGAAAGGGCCCUUCAAGAUUUACGAAGAGUAAGAGAAGAGUUACUUCAAAGGAUAAAAAACAGUGCUCAGAAAGAAACCAAUAAGUCACCGAAAGUAGAACCUUUAUUAAAACUUAAGUCGUCGGAAAGUAAAGAAAAAUCCAAGAAAAAGAAAGAAAAAAAACAUAAACAUAGUCACAAAAAACAUAAAAAGUCUGAUAAACACAAACACAAAUAUAAACCCAAGGAAAGAAGGCACUCUAGCUCGAGUUCCAGUUCUAGUUCAGAGGAUGAAGAAACAACCUCAGCCCCACCAAAAAAGAGAUCCUGUUCGCCAGAACAACAAGAACAACCAGCAGCACCAACUCGUGAUGAUUGGAUGACAAGUGCGAUUUUAUUGAAAACAUUUUCCAAAAAUAAACCUUUACCGAAAAAACAAUGCAUAGUCACUUAUGAGCCUGGUAAGAGUAGUCGAGAACUUAAUCCGCAUUGGAAGGACGGUGGGAGUGGAUUACCUUCUUAUAAAAAACCAAAAGAUGAGUGCGAUGAUUAUCAUGAUGAUAAUACAGAGUAUUCUUCUAGGAGCUACAAAUCAAAGUCUGGCGGCUGGCGUAAAAAUUCUGAACCAAAAGCUCCUGCUACGAACGAUGAUGAUGAGAAAGAUGUAGGUGCAAGUUCGUCAAGUAUCUCGAAAAAAGAAAGUACAGCUGAAUUCCUGACCGACCAGGAAAUGAAUGAGCUAGGGGCUAAGAUAAUGAAAGCUGAAUUAUUAAACAACACGGCCCUAGCCGAAGAGCUGAAAAAUAAGCUUAAAGGAGCUCGGCAAAUGAGGGAACAGAACAUUGGUAAUACAAAAGAUACCAACAAAUUUAAGAAUAAAAAUCAUCGGAAACCCCAGUCUGAUGCGUCCGGUGGUCGUCGUGCUCGAAGCUCAGUCACCGAUGAUGAGGACAAUCUUAAAAAUAAGUUUGAACGAGAGAAAAGCAAUCCUAGAGAUCCCACUGAAGUCGAAGAAGAUUACAAAAAUUUCAAUAAAGACUUUGAUGACAUAUUUGGCGUUUCAAAGCACGAAGACAUGGAUACUGGGAAACUACAAGAAAUUCGCGAUAAAAACCGUCCUAGCAAAAAAUUAAACAACUGCGGUAAAUGUUUCAAUGGCGACAAAAUUAACAAGGAGCUCGUUGUGUCAGUGGGAAAACAUGUAUACCUGGCUCUUCCUUGGCACGAGGGUCUCCAGACCAAUCAUUGUUUGAUUAUACCGAUAGAUCAUUACUCGUCAUCAACGCAUCUAGACGAAGACGUAUGGCAAGAGAUCUCAAGCUAUCGAAGAGUGUUGACAAAAAUAUUUGCCAAGCGGAAACAGGACGUUUUGUUUUUCGAAACAGCCCGAUACCUCCAAAAGCGGCCACACAUGGUUAUACAUUGCUUGCCAGCGGAUGAUUUUGAAAUGGCACCCUUUUAUUUUAAAAAAGCCAUAGAAGAAAGUGAGUAUGAAUGGUCGAAGAAUAAGCAGCUUGUGACUUUGAAGGAGAAAAACUUAAGAAAAUCCAUUCCAUGUGGAUUACCAUAUUUUUGGGUGAAUUUCGGAAUGGAUUUCGGAUUUGCUCAUGUAAUCGAGAAUCAAGAAAACUUCCCAUUACAUUUUGCUCAGGAAAUCAUUGGAGGCAUGUUGUCUUUGGACAUGAGAAAAUGGCGGUCUCCGAGAGAAGAACAUAAUGUCAAAACAAAAGUAAGGAAUCUUGCAGAUUUGCUUAAGCCAUAUGAAAAGGAACUUUGUUAAUACUAGAAAACAAUUUAACUUAGUUUUUAAGUUCAUUAACAAAAAUACACGAUACAAAAUUAA